AUGGCGAAGAAGACGAGCAAGGCCAAAGGGGUCGGCGGCGGAAAGAAGCAGCAUGCUGACAGUGGCGGCGCGGGACGCCAAAGCAAGCCGAAGAAAGGCAGCGGCAAGGGCCGCCACGGUGCCCGACGAAAGGAGCUGCGCCAGGAGAUGAAAGAAUCCCAGCGCAAGCGCCAGAAGCGUGCACAUGGCAAGGAGGUGGAGGAAACCCGACAGCGCCUGCGGCUGAAGCUGCUCGAGCGGCAACUCUCCCGUGGCCCGGGUGCCUCACCCGGGGAGCUGCGGCGGCAGUUGCUGGUGGAAGCGGCCCAGCUACAAUCCAAGAAUGGGCGGCCCAAAGUGGCACUUCAAUGGUUGCAAGAAGCCCUGGAUCUCCAGCCGGACGACACCGAGUUCCAUGUGCGGACGAGCCUCCUGUGUCUCUACAUGGACCGUGCGAUGGCUGAAGAGGCUGCUUCUCUACUGAAGGGCCCCCUCUUCACGAGCAUCCAUGACGCCUCCGCCUCCGCGGAGAGCGGAGACGGGGGUUCAGCAGCAGAGACGACGGCGCGGAAAGCGCACGAGGCGAAGACGGCAGGUUGCUACUCCAUCGCACUGCUCAGCUAUAUUUCUGUGCAUGUGCUGAUGGAGCACAAGAAACCAAAAGCUCAGAAGGAGGCUGCUCAGAGGUUGCUGGAGAGGCUUCGCAAGGCACACGCCCAAAACCCGUUCAUUGCAGAAUUUCUGGCCUUCGCACCUGCCUUCGAGCCAACGUUUCCCUUUGGAUGUGAACUUCCAGAAUAUGAGGCAACGGCGGAGGAGGCAUUACUGCUAGAAGCCUUGAGCUACUGCUGCCAAUGGGGUGUGCGGGGCCAGGCCCCCGUUUGGCUCGACACGGAUGACAACGUCCGCCGCUUCUUGAGGGAGACACUCUUCGAGGGUGACGAGGACGCUGCUCCUUUGGCGCCACUGCCUGAGCCGCAACCCCAGGAGGCGCAGGUCCUGCAACGCUGGCGCCGGGCGCGGGAAGAGGCGAUGCAGCUGUGGGCUGCUGAGAUGUCCCAAGACGCGGGCCUCACUGGAGCGGAGGAGGCCUUGGAGGAGGAGCUCGACUUCACCGACGACGACGUCCUCAACGACUGA